CCAACUUCAACCCACAAGAUCGUGGCACAGCGCAGGACCCUUCAUCCGAAAGUGAUAAUGAAUACUAUUAAGGCCAUUAAAAAUGCAGUGGUUUGUUUAGUCCUGCUGCCCCGUUUUCUGGUGGCAGCUGUCAUGUUUUGGCUGCUGGACUUUCUAUGCAUCAGGAAAAGGGUUUUCUUCAGGAUGAAGGAGCAGGAGGGCGAUGCUAUUGAUCCUCCUCUGUGCAUAUCGGACUCCAAUCGCCUCUUCAGCCUGGAGUCCCUCAAGGCAGUCUGGCACGGACACAAACUGGACUUCCUGAAAGCGGCGCAUCUCGGACACGGAGCGCCCAACACCGAAGUUGUUCAGCUGGAGGAUCAGAGGCGCAGCCGGAUCCUCGACUACGCGAAGGACAAGAGACCGCUCAUCCUCAACUUUGGCAGCUGCACCUGACCGCCGUUCAUGGCGCGCCUCAAGGCUUUCCAGGGGGUCGUGCAGCAGAACGCAGACAUUGCAGACUCUGUAGUUGUGUACAUCGAGGAAGCGCAUCCCUCCGACGGCUGGGUGAGCACUGACGCGCCGUAUCAAAUCCCCAAACACCGGUGUCUGGAGGACAGGCUGAGCGCUGCGCAGCUGAUGCGCCUGGAGGUGCCCGGCUGCCUGGUGGUGGUGGACAGCAUGGAAAACUCCUCCAACGCCGCGUACGGAGCUUAUUUUGACAGACUUUAUAUUCUGCAGGAGGGAAAGAUAGUUUACCAGGGAGGCAGAGGACCGGAGGGGUACCGGAUCUCAGAGCUCAGAGACUGGCUGGAUCAAUACAGACAAACGCUGGGAGGAUCCAAUAAUCUAGUUCUUAAUGUGUAGAUUGGAUUUUCAUAUAUUUUUUUUAGAGCUGCUAUUACAAACAAAAAUGCUGCAUUUUUUCAGUAUUAUAACUCAGUUUAGAUAGAUUCUCUCUGCCAUUAAUGGUUUCAGUGUAUUUAUUUUUUUUUAUAAGGUUAAAGUAAUUUGUAGGACGUCCUGCAGUAGGCUCCUUCCUCUCAUACUGGACAUCUAUUCAUCCAAAAGGUUAGUUUUGUUUGGACCUUGUUUGUUGGUGAACACAAGCACUUCGUGUGUCUAACGUUCUGAGUUUUAUUGUUAUUAUUAUUAUUUUUUCUUUUCUUGUGUAAAAUGCGCCUAUAAUUAACCAGUCAUGUGUGCAUCUGCACUUUGCUCGUCAGUAUUUUUUGUGAAGUUCGGUUUUUAAACGGGAUCAAACCAGAGAACCGAUACUGAUGUUUUUUCAUACUGGAGAUCAUAGUGGAGGUGCUGCUCUCUGCCUUGCAUGGCGCUUGUUUUGUAAAUAUUCUGUUUUAUGGGUUAUUAUAUGUUUCAUUCAAUAAAACAAAAUGUUUUCAUCUA